UUCGGCGCGGCAACCUUUGGGUGUACGUAAUCAAUCCGCGACGCCUCCGUCCGUGGUCUCGGGCAAGCUAGGCCGCUGUGACUUCGAAAGACAGAAGAAAAGGGACAUCUCUCCUGAAAAUUAGGACUCCCCGGGGGAAGAGACUUGUGCCUUCCAAUCUCUGAGCACAUGUAGAAACAGUAAGGGCGAACCUCCAGCGUCCGCCAUCUUUGUGACAUCAUCAAGUCGCGGCGACACCAGCGUUGGCUUUAACGUAGUCCCUGGAAGCAGAGUUCCUUUCCGGUAUUCCCUGAGAGGGCCACUGGGUGGUAACGAAGGCUGGGCGCGGGGCACGCCGGGAGUUGUAGUCCCCACAGGCACUGUUUCCUUAGUCUCCGGAAGCGGAGGUUUGGGGCGGGGUUGAGCUGUUAAGGUAGCGGGACUUCAGUGCCCGGGCGCCGCUCGCGGGGCCGGUCAUGAACGGGCCGGCGGACGGCGAAGUGGACUACAAGAAGAAAUACCGAAACCUGAAACGGAAGCUCAAGUUCCUCAUCUACGAACACGAGUGCUUUCAGGAGGAGCUGAGGAAGGCACAGAGGAAACUGCUGAAGGUGUCCCGGGACAAGAGUUUCCUCCUAGACCGGCUCUUGCAGUACGAGAACGUGGAUGAAGACUCUUCGGACUCGGAUGCCACUGCGUCUUCGGAUAACAGUGAGACCGAGGGGACACCCAAGUUGUCGGACACGCCAGCCCCCAAGAGGAAAAGAAGCCCUCCGAUGGGGGGUGCCCCCUCUCCCUCCAGCCUCUCUCUGCCUCCUUCAACAGGGUUUCCCCUUCAGGCCUCCGGGGCCCCCUCCCCAUACCUGAGCUCGCUGGCUUCUCCCCCCUACCCCCCAUUCCCUUCUGACUACCUGGCCCUGCAGCUGCCCGAGCCCAGCCCCCUGAGGCCCAAGCGGGAGAAACGGCCCCGCCUGCCCCGGAAACUCAAGAUGGCGGUGGGACCCCCGGACUGCCCUGUGGGAGGGCCGCUGACCUUUCCCAGCCGGGGUUCUGGGGCUGGGGUGGGGGCAGCCCUGGCCCCACUGCCGCCCCCUAAGAUGCCCCCCCCCACGAUCCUGAGCGCAGUCCCUCGGCAGAUGUUCAGCGAUGCAGGCAGCGGGGACGAUGCCCUGGAUGGAGACGAUGACCUGGUGAUCGACAUCCCGGAGUGACCCUGCUGCCCGAGCCCCUGUCCGCCCUGUGCCAGCACACGGCCCCAGCUUCCACAGAGACAUUUAUUGACGCCCAGUGCCAUGCGCGGCCAGACACGAUCAGAACAGGCGUAAACAUGCACACAUGUCCCCUGGAAGGAGGGCCCUCGCCAGGGAGGGCGGGAGCCGCCUCACUCCCAGCCCGGCCCGGGGUCAGGGAUGGGGUGAGUGGCUGGAACACCUGCACCCGGGAGGCCGAGUCCCCGCGGGCCUCCCUCCCGCCUAAAAGGGCAGCUGUACAGGGCUAGACGUUGUUAACGAAGGUUCUGUAUUAAAGGAGUGGCUCUUUUUUGCUUUUUGUCCUUUUUUGGAAACGUCUCCUCUUUCAAACCCCCCCUAAUCCGACCUCCCCCCUGUGCGGAGGGGCUGGGCAGCUGGAGAGGCGGGGAGAAGCAGCAGCUGGGCCUGGCGGCCUGGCAGGACGCCCCCUGCCGGGGUGUGCAGGACGGGGGUUUGCAUAUCUGCACGUGGUAGCGAGUCAGGCAGGAGGAAGUUUGCAUAUGUGAGAACAGGUCUCCACAGUCCCCACAGGAAGACAGACCACAGUCACAGUCUCACGACAUAAGACAGGUAGUGCAGGGCGGGGCAUCCACCCCUGUAAACGUGCAACACACUCGUGCGAAGGUUGGGUCCGGCCCAGCCCGAGGCCCUGAGCGGGGCAGCUGCUGGCCUCGCUCAGGCUGAGGGCAGAGCGCCCGCUGCCGGGGGCAGCUCGCUGGUCAGGGUGUGCCAGCGCUCCAGGGCCGUGUCCGGCUGCUGCAGGCAGUCAUUCCAGUGCUUCCGGGCCUCUCCCCGGGCACCAGCCCCCAGGGACACGCCGCCUGCGGAGCAGGAGAGGCAAAAUCGGGGCCCUGCUCACCGCCACUCGCCCUCCCUCCCUCCCUCGGCACCACCCAGCGGGCUCCUCCCUCACCAAUGAAGUCGUUGGAUUUGCCAAUGUCAUAGUCCCAGACGGUGACUUCCAGAGUCUUGGUGGCCAGAGCUGAGAGUUCCAUCUCAUAGAAAAACUCCUGGGACAGGGCAAGCCACACCUUCCGUGAGGCAUUGCCCGCCCCCCUACCUGCCCGCCCCCCCUUGUUGAUGUCUGGUCCCUUCCCCAUUUACCUCAUUAAACUCUGGGUUGAGAGUCUUCUUCUUCA